AUGGGAGCCAACAGCGAUGAUGGUGAUGAUGACGAUUAUGGUGGGGAGACCUUUGUGUAUUCAGGCCUCAAGGCCGGAUCUGACAUAAACCCACUCAGCGGUUCUCCAGCGAACUUUGUCCAUUUAUUUUUAGCCUUAGUAGUGCUUGUUUGGAUCAGUCUGGUUUGCUGUACACAAAUCUCUUUUUUUUUGCACUGCUUACAGAAGUGUGCUGUGAAAGCUGCUGUCUCUUCAUCCCAAACCCAGAAAGACAAGGACUUGCCACAUAAAUCCAUCAGCAAAAACAAAGCCACGUCCUGUAAACCUCACACCUGUGAUGCUGAAGCACAAAUAGAUGGAACUCCUAAAGUGAUAGUGCUGCCAGUGCCAGUGCCAGUGUAUGUGCCAGUUCCCAUGCAUCUCUACACUCAAUACAUUCCACAGUCUUUGGGGCUUCCACUUCCGGUUCCGGUGCCCUUGUUCUUCCCUACAACUCUGGACAAUGCCGAGCACAUUGUGAAGACCAUUCAGGAAAUCAAAGAGAAGAUCCCUGAUGACCCACUGGAGGCCGACCUCAUCAUGAUGGCAGAGAUGGUGGCUGAGGAUGCAGAGAAGGAGAAAACACUGUUUUGUUGCUCAGAUCAGACUGGUAACAUAAUGGAGGAUCUUGAUUUGGAAGAUCUAUCAAGCAAUCUGAGUUGGGAGGAGGACUCUGUGUCUUUUGCCCAGACAUGGGAUCAAACCCCUGAACCUGAGAGGCCUCCUCCACCCGGACCUGCCACACUGACCCCCGUCUCCACCGCCGCAGAAGAGCCACAGAUGGACCUGGAGGCCGAUUUCCCAAUCGAGAGCAUUGAAAAUUUUAGAAAGCAAAUGCAAAAGGAGAUCAAUUCUGGAAAACAGAGAUCACGCAAGAGAGGACACGAUGGCUUCCCUGAGAAGAAACAGGGCAGUAAGUGUGCAUCAGCACCUCCAAACAGCCUCUCCAAACUGCAACACGAGUACGGAGUCAAAGCCUGGAAGAAGUGGGUGCGCUGGAGGAGCGCCCAACCCGACAUGGAGACUCUCAAAUUUGGCUCACGCAGUAUGACACUAAAGGAGGAUUUGUUGAAGUGCUGCACUGCUGAACUAAGCUAUGGCCUCUGCAAGUUCAUUUCUGAAGUUCGUCGACCCAACGGAGAGAAAUACAGCCCUGACAGCAUCUUUUAUCUCUGUUUGGGAAUCCAGCAGUACCUGUUUGACAACAAUCGGAUGGAGAACAUCUUUGCUGAUGUCUUCUAUGCCAAAUUCUGCCAUGAAAUGAGCAACAUACUCCGAGGGUGGAAGCCAACUAUUUUACCCAGCGGUUAUGUUCAUUCUCGUGUGGAGGAGUAUCAUCUGUGGGACUGUAAGCAGCUGGGGGCGUUUUCACCCGGUGUGCUGCUCAACACGCUGCUUUACUUCUUCACUAAGUACUUCAACUACAAGACUGUGGAGCAGCACCGCCGCCUCUCUUUUGGCCACAUCAAACGCUACACUCGAGGACAAGCUAACAACAAAGUGUCCUUCCUGCGUUUCUAUCCCCCCAAAGAGGAUGGAAGCACGGAUGGUGUCCCUGUAAAGAAGAAGAAGAAGGAAGGUGAACGGCAAAGGGUGCUAAAAAUACGGCAGAAUUCAGACAAUCCUCUUCGUUGUCCUGUCAGGCUUUACGAGUUCUAUCUCUCAAAAUGCUCGCCCGGAAUAAGACAAGACACAACCCAGUUUUAUCUGAGCCCCGAGCGCUCCUGUGUACCCAGCAGUCCCACGUGGUUCUCAAUCACCUCAUUGAGUGACGAGGUUCUGGACAGCAUGCUCACACGUAUCCUUACUGUCAGAGAGCUGCACCUAGAGAGAGAAACAUCACCCAACGAGACUGAUUCAGAAAGUGAUUCGGACUUCACACUGAUUUAGUACCACAGCACUGAGAAAACCUGAAUCCUGAACCGGAUUUUGACUGUUCUGAAUGUUGGAAAGCAAGUGGUUGAUCAUUUCGUUUCCUUAUUCAAUCUUCUUUUAGUUAUAAGGACGUACACAGCUACAGUGGGAUUAUUGUAAGUCGCCACCUUUAUAUUUAAACACUAAAGACAUUGAAAGCAUCAUUCCAAAACCAAAUUUUGAAAUUGUUUUUCAUUGCAAGCCAUGUUGGUUUAAAUAGAUGCAGUGUUCCUGAAACUGACUCCUGAUGCCUUUUUUUAUGGAUAAAUGAAGACUGAUUGAAA